AUGUCAAUUAAGGUGGUGUUUCAUUCGCUGGAGGGCGUCACUGCAAAAGGGGAGAAAGCCAUCGUGGUCAACUUCCGAGGUCAGAGUCGGACUACAGCCCCCCUGGGAGAUCACGCCAUCAUCGAGCAGGAGGUGGAGUUCAGCCUGGACCAGCCGCUGGACCGGGACGCACUCCUGACCCUUGAGGUGGUGGCCAGGAACCGCUAUCUCCAGAACAGGAGUCUCGGCGGCUACGGCCUCGUGCUGCAGCGCCUGCUUGAGGACGGCUAUGUCAAGGUCAACGACUACCUCGUGGACAGCAAUAACAAGAUUAUUCAGGAGGUGGAGUUCAGCCUGGACCAGCCGCUGGACCGGGACGCACUCCUGACCCUUGAGGUGGUGGCCAGGAACCGCUAUCUCCAGAACAGGAGUCUCGGCGGCUACGGCCUCGUGCUGCAGCGCCUGCUUGAGGACGGCUAUGUCAAGGUCAACGACUACCUCGUGGACAGCAAUAACAAGAUUAUUCAGGCUCGCAUCCGUCUGGAGGUGCUGUACCGGCCACCGGGUGAGGCACUGACCUCUUGGCCCUCGGUGACGGCCACCCUGGUGGAGGACGACCAGCAGAUGCUGGUGGACAUCGAGCAGAACAUCGCCAACCUGGAGCGCUCCUUCUGCGACCGCUCGUCGUUCAGCGGCUCGCCACCGACGCUGGGCGACCCCCAGAGUCUGGCGGAGCUGCCACCGAGGCCGGCCAGCGCCUGCUCACAGGCCUCGGACGACAGCGCCCUGUCCGUGGCGGCCAAUACCAACCGGGUCAGGAGGCGACGCGACACCAUCAUGCGACCGCCGGCCACGCUGCGGGCGCAAGACUAUCAGGUAUGCGUCACGGUCAUCGAGGCCCGACAGCUGGCCGGUCUCAACAUGGACCCCGUGGUCUGCGUCCAGGUCGGCGAGCAGAAGAAGUACACGUCCGUGAAGGAGAGCACCAACUGUCCGUACUACAAUGAGUAUUUCGUCUUCGACUUCCACAUGGCACCCACGAUGCUGUUUGACAAGAUCAUCACCCUCACCGUGCUGCAAUCGCGAAAUAUUCUGCGUGCCAAUAAAGUAUUGGGCAGUUUCAAGCUGGACAUCGCCACUGUCUGGGCUCAAACAGACCACCAGUUCUACCACAAGUGGGCACUGCUGACCGACCCGGACGACCCCUGCGGCGGCCCCAAGGGGUACGUCAAGUGUGACAUCAGCGUCAUCGGCAAGGGUGACACAGUCAAGGCGCCCACGAGAACCGACAAGGACGAGGACGACAUCGAGGCGAACCUGCUGUUGCCGGACGGGGUGACGGCCGAGCGGCAGCGGGCACGGAUCGCCGUCACCAUCCACAGUGCCGACGGCCUGCCGCGCAUGAACUCCUCGCUCAUGGCCAACGUCAAGCGAGCCAUCACGGGCGAGACCAGCGACCUGGUCAACCCGUACGUGCGGGUGUCCUUCGCCGGACUGACGGGCCGGACGUCAGUGAAGAAGAGCUGCUACUCGCCGCUGUGGAACCAACAGAUCGUCUUCACCGAGAUGUUCCUCCGCUCUGCCAAGCGCAUCAAGAUCCAGCUGAAGGACAUGGACAAAACCGUCAACGACACGCUCAUCGACCACCAGUUCUACCACAAGUGGGCACUGCUGACCGACCCGGACGACCCCUGCGGCGGCCCCAAGGGGUACGUCAAGUGUGACAUCAGCGUCAUCGGCAAGGGUGACACAGUCAAGGCGCCCACGAGAACCGACAAGGACGAGGACGACAUCGAGGCGAACCUGCUGUUGCCGGACGGGGUGACGGCCGAGCGGCAGCGGGCACGGAUCGCCGUCACCAUCCACAGUGCCGACGGCCUGCCGCGCAUGAACUCCUCGCUCAUGGCCAACGUCAAGCGAGCCAUCACGGGCGAGACCAGCGACCUGGUCAACCCGUACGUGCGGGUGUCCUUCGCCGGACUGACGGGCCGGACGUCAGUGAAGAAGAGCUGCUACUCGCCGCUGUGGAACCAACAGAUCGUCUUCACCGAGAUGUUCCCUCCGCUCUGCCAGCGCAUCAAGAUCCAGCUGAAGGACAUGGACACCGUCAACGACACGCUCAUCGGCACACACUUCCUCGACCUCAAUACCAUCAGCAACGACGGCGAAAAGGGUUUUCUCCCUACCUUCGGACCUGCUUUUGUUCACUUGUAUGGUUCUACUCGCGACUACAUGUUCCCGGGAUUCGACGAGCAUUCAUCACUCAAUAACGGAAUAGGCGAGGGGAUCAGCUACCGGGCCCAACUGCUCAUCUCCGUGAGGACUGACGUCACUGAUGUGGUGGAGCCGGCGCCGUCAGAAGUCGAGGUCGAGCCGGCGCCCGCCGUCAUAGAGAGCCAGCUGGGCAAGCUGGAGGAGUUCUUCUUGUUCGCCUCGAUCCUGGAGGCCACCAUGAUUCCCCGCCGGCUGGGCGAGAAACCAAUCCACUUUGAGCUGAGCGUCGGCAACGACGGCAACACGAUGGACGGCCACAACCCCAGCGCGCGCAGAGAACGGGUCGACGAUGACGUCGGGCUAGAGAACAUUGUAACAGACACGCCGCCUUACCAGUCCACCUCGUCGCCCAUCAAGCCCAUGAGCUACGACCGCACCUACUACUUCCUGCCGUACUGGGACAACAAGCCGUGCUUACACGUGCGCUCUGUGUGGCACGACCACCGACGCCGGCUGUACCACUCCAACCUGCUGGCAAGGAUCGCUGAGAAGCUGGACGAGUGUCUGUCGGAGGCACAGGAGAUGGUGGAGGAGGAGGACCCGGGGGCAGAGACCUGCCUCAAGGCGUGCCUGGAGCAGCUGUGCACGGACUGCAGCCGCUACGUCUCCGUCAUGAGGUCGUCCAGUACGCCGGCCAGCGGCCGCACGCGCCUGGACAAGGAGCGUGUCCAGUGGUGCCUGCAGGAGCUGGAGGCCAUGUGCGACAGCGCCCGCCGUCUGCGGCUGCUGAUCACGGGGACGAACGUGAAGGAGAAGUUGCGGACCGCCCACUCCUUCCUGCAGCGUCUCCGCUUCCUCACCGAGGACCCUCAGCACAGCCUCCCAGACGUCUUCAUCUGGAUGGUGUGCGGCGGCAAGAGAGUGGCUUACCAGCGCCUGCGGGCCCGUAACCUGCUCCACUCGCUGGUGGAAGAGGAGGCCGGCCAGCACUGCGGCAAGGUGCAGACUCUCUUCCUCAAGCUGCCGGGCAAGCGCGGCCAGGGCGCCGGCGGCUGGGUAAUCCAGGCCAAGUUGCAAGUGUACAUGUGGCUGGGCCUGACAAAGCACAAGAGCACCUUCUACGCCGGCCUGCCGCGCGGGUUUGAGAUGUCGCACGAGCUGCGUAACUCGGACCGGCCCAACGCCAUGCCGCCGGCCUCGCUGCGCUACGUGGAGCGCCAGACGUUCCAGCUGAGGGCGCAUGUGUACCAGGCGCGCUCUCUGAUUGGCUCCGACUCGUCCGGCCUGUCCGACCCGUUCGCCAGGGUCGUGUUCGGAGAGCACAGUCGCACCACACAGGUGAUCGACGAAACGCUGAGCCCCACCUGGGACGAGCUGCUGCUGGUCGAUGACGUCACCGUCUACGGCAGCCCCGAGGCGAUAUGCCACGAGCCUCCCACCGUGGUGGUGGAGGUGUUCGACCAGGAUAAGAUGGGCAAGGCGGAGUUCAUCGGGCGCACCAUGGCUCGUCCGCACCUGAAACUGCUGGAUGAGCCGUACGAGCGGCCUCGGUUCCCGCCGCCGCUCGAGUGGCACCAGCUGGUGCGAGGCACGGAGACCGCCGGCGACCUGCUGGCCGUCUUCGAGCUCCUCCAGGUGUGCGAUGAUCCGAGGGCAGGCGACAUCCCGGCGCCGCCGCCGCCCAAGUACCGCGACCCGAGCCGCGACACGGGCCCGAUCAUGCCUAUUCCCAAGGAGAUCCGACCGACUCUCGUCAAAUACAGGAUCGAGGUGCUCUUCUGGGGUUUGCGCGCGCUCCGCAGAAUCCACUUCCUCACGGUAGACAGUCCGCGGGUCGACGUGGAGUGCGCCGGCCAUAUCCUGCAGUCAUCGGUCAUCCAGAACUACAGGAAGAACCCCAACUUUCCAUCGCCUGUGAAAAUCAUGGACUUGGAGCUGCCGGAGGAAGAGGUGUACUGCCCGCCCAUCACUAUCCGCGUGGUGGACUGUCGCAGCUUCGGCAGGUUCACGCUGGUCGGCACCCACAUCAUCGGCAACAUCCACCGCUACAUGGUGCGGCCACAGCCGGCCGUCACCGCCCCGGCGCGCGGCUCGGCCGUCGGCAAUCAGCUGUUGCCGCAAUCAGCUGUUGCAUACGGUGCGGCGGCCGGCGGCGGCGAGUACCGUGUGGAUGGCGAGAAGAGUCCGCUGCUCCAGAGGGAUACACUCAUAACCAUCGACUAUGGCUGCCGGAACGGCGGAGCCGGCCACCGGGUGCUGGCAGCGCCCGUCAAGCGGAAGCGACGGGAGAAGCCCAAGCACCGGCGCCGCGGGUCCCAGUCGAGCGACGAGGAGGAAGGCGAGGGUGCCAGGGACUGGUGGACCAAGUACUUCGCCUCCAAGGAGCUGCUCAUGGAGAGUGAACGUCUGUGCCGGGCUCGGUUGCUGGGGGCGGAGCCAGUCACGGAGGCGGCCAGUCAGGCACCGGCCGCCAAGCCGCGCCGGGUGGGCUUCAAGGGCGCUAGCCAAGCGGUGAGGCUAGCCGCCCGCAUCAGCCCCAAGUUCCGGCGGAAAAACAAGAAGUCUACCGCCCUGCUGCAGAUCUACCAGUGCGAGCUGGAACAGGUCCCAGAGUUCGGUAGCUUCCGCGAGUGGCUGCUAACUUUCGACCUCUACCGUGGCAAGAAGGCGGACGACUUCAGCGACGACGAGUCCAGGAUCGUCGGCAAGUUCAAGGGCUCGCUCAAGAUGUACCGGUGGCCACCGGCGCGGGACUGUGAGUCGAUGGUGGAGCGCUCGGGCGACCCGUACAAGGGCUACUUCAGUGGCCUGCCGUCCAACGAGCCGAUCCACGUGCUGGUGCGCGUGUACGUGGUGCGCGCGCUCGAUCUACACCCCAUGGACCUGAACGGCAAGGCUGAUCCCUAUAUCGUCAUGCAACUGGGCAGCAAGAAGGUCAGCGACAAGGAGAACUACCAGUCCAAGCAGCUCAACCCCGUGUUCGGCAAGUGUCUGGAGGUGGAGGCGACGUUCCCGCAGGACUCGAUGCUGGUGCUGCAGGUGCUCGACUGGGACCUGGUCGGCACCGACGAGCUGAUCGGCGAGACGCGUAUCGACCUGGAGAACCGCUUCUACUCGCGCCACCGCGCCACCUGCGGCCUCGACACCAAGUUCGAAACGACGGGCUACAACGCCUGGCGGGACCCCAUGCGGCCCACCCAGAUCCUGCACCGCCUCUGCAAGGAGAGCAAGCUGGACGGGCCGCACUACCAGCGUGGCUACGUGCGCAUCGGGAGCCAGACAUUGGCAGUGCCGGCACCAGACGGCACCCACCCGGAGCACAAAGCGGAGGAGCCGACGGAGGAGGAGCUGGCGCUGGCCGCGCUCCAUCAGUGGUCGGAGGUGCCCCGUAUCGGCUGCAACCUGGUGCCGGCCCACAUCGAGACCCGGCCCCUCUACAACCCCGAGAAGCCGGGCAUCGAGCAGGGAAAGCUGGAGAUGUGGGUGGACAUGUUCCCCAUGGACAUGCCACUGCCGCCGCCGCCGGUGGACAUCGCGCCGCGCAAGCCUAAGUCCUACGAACUGCGUGUCAUCAUCUGGAACACCGACGACGUGGUGCUGGAGGAUGACGCCUUUUUCACCGGCGAGAAGAUGUCGGACAUUUAUGUCAAAGGGUGGGUGAAGGGCCCCGAAGACUGCCAGUGCACCGACAUCCACUACCGGUCGCUGACGGGUGAGGGCAACUUCAACUGGCGCUUCAUCUUCCCCUUCGACUACCUGGUGGCUGAGGAGAAGAUCGUCAUCUCCAGGAAGGAGUCGCUCUUCUCCUGGGACGAGUCGGAGUGCAAGAUCCCCGCCCGGCUCGAGCUGCAGGUGUGGGAUGCCGAUCACUUCUCUGCGGACGACUUCCUCGGCCAGAUCACGCUCGACCUGAACCGCUUUCCGCGCGGCGCCAAGUCCUCCAAACACUGCACACUCUCGCUGCUCAAGAACGACGGCUCCGUGCCCAUGGUGUCCAUCUUCAAGCAGAAGCGCGUCAAAGGCUGGUGGCCGUUCUACGUGAAGAACAACAACGAGGAGAUGACGCUGACGGGCAAGGUGGAGGCGGAGAUUCACCUGCUGACCUCCGACGAGGCCGAGCGGUCCCCGGUCGGCAUGGGCAGGAACGAGCCCGACCCCCUCGACAAGCCCAACCGGCCUGAUUCGUCAUUCAUGUGGUUCAUGAACCCCAUCAAGUCGAUUCGCUACAUCGUCUGGCACAACUACAAGUGGACCAUCGUGAAGCUGCUGCUGGUGCUGGCGCUGGCCAUCCUGCUGCUCCUGUUCUUUUACAGCGUACCUGGCUACUCCGUGAAGAAGCUAAUGGGAGUGUAAUGUGCGAGCCAGCUGUGGGGUUUCGAACUGUGGCGUUUCGCUGUGGUCAACGCCAUCGACGGAUAGCGCUGGAGUUGCAGUACGGCUGGUAUAGCUGGCACUCGCGCAGGUACCUUGACGUCUGGUGGCCGCCCACCACCAGCCAGCUUCUACGAAGAAAAUGGAAGCCACGACAGCUCCAAGGCUGGAGAGUCUCCACUGCUGGGUGACCUCGCAGGUGUGCUCGAAGCUCCGUGAUGGCGACAUUCAAUGACAGUCACAUGCUGGUGCACACAAACAAUGGAGGCUUGGGAGCGCUGUCCUCAGUUUUCAUCUGGCCGUGAUGGUUUGUAGCUGGUGGGAAUUAUUCGCGGACAGACACGGGGUGUACCAGUCUCGACAGCUUCUGUGACCUCAACCGAAGAUUGUGACAGAUGUGAUGCUUUAAUUUGAAAAACUGACCUGUUCUUAUGCGUGGCCAUGGACACACCCUCCCCUUAUUCGCAGCACUAGCCCAGCCACUUCGAAUUUCCAGUGAAAAUUACUGGAUUGCAUACCAGCGCGUACUCAUCCACCCGCGAACGGCUCACUUAUGGCCGACACCCUUUCUCAGCUUCCGGAUGAUGUUUUGCUGCAUUUUAUGUCAUAGUCCACCAUAGUUUCCCGUCAAUCUAUACCUUUUCUACCAUGGGUCCACCGGUCAGUAUUAACGCAUCGCGUUUUUGUAGGUAGGUAGGUGGUGCAGUCUGCUUCACCAUCCCUGCGACGCACUUGGCUUCCCUUCCCCGUCAUGCCUUCUUUGGUUUGGCCUUGGCUGCAGCAGUUUACCGCCCUGGGUCUCCCAGCUCUCGUAGGUAGUCAGACAUCACGUGCGUGUUUCCCUUAGUCUAUAGCUCCCUGCCGGCCCUCUGGUCUCCUGACCCCAAGUAGGGUAUGUGCAGACACCCAGUGGGUGCGUCGAGCCACAUGCGCCAACGGUAAGAGCCCCGUAGUGGUCCUGGAAGCUGAAGACAAGAGUCACAGUCGCGGUCUGAAGACAAAUGCUGCAUGAGUCGGCGGGUUGGGCCGGCCUGAGCUCAGAGCUUUUGUGCACGGAUUGCACAAUGGCAUACACAUGAUGACAGUCUUUCGCUUCUAGUUAGCCUGCUUUUAGAUAUACUUAAUUAGACGACCAAAGCUUGGAUUUAGCUGUUUGAGGUAUCGUACCCGCUCAUUAGUACUUCACUGGGGUGGUCAUCUUUGCAGGUGCGUCACGGCACCGACGUGUAUUUUUAGUCGCCGUGGGUGGACGUUAAUAGUUGAACAUCCUCUCGAAAAUGCCUUCGUGUCGUAUCCCUGUCUGUACUUUAUAGCGCGUAUGAUAGAUCGCAAAUGGAGAGAGUAAAUGUCCGGUUUGAAUGUCGUGGCGUGUAGAAGUGUUCUCAGGCAGCCGGCUUUUGUAGUCCAUGUGUGUUGCUGUCAUCAGUCAAACAAAGUUUUAGUCGCUGUUUCAUGCUCGAUACCGCGUGGGAUCGUCAGUGAUGCUCGGCUUGUGCUGUUCGACCAACGCUUUUUUGCUCACAAUUUCAAACGUUUGCAAGACGAAAGUUUCGUUUUCCAAAGUUUAAAUUUCGGCCGCUUAACAGCAGCCGCUUUCAAGUCACAAACUACUGGAUAUUUGUCACAGGUCAUUGGGGUAUGCUGACUGCGUGGUCCGAAUAUUCUGCUACUUCUGAAAUGGCCCCUUUGACCACAAUCACUCAAUAUGCCAACACGCACUUUUCCAUAUGCUUGAUUUAGAAUGCCUUCACCGUCGUGAUUGUGAGACAUGAUUGAAGAGAUGCGCGUGUGCGAUGGGGGUCGGUUGUUAUCCUGUAUCAGACACGUCAGGACGCUUUCGCGUGCGUUUCCGGGCACUAUGAUUCGGUCUGGCAUACACCUUUACGUCCCAUCCGAGCGCGCGUGCGAAACUGUAUGCUUACGAGAAAUACAUCCC